AUGCAGGGCGGAUCCAGCGGCAUCGUCUACGGCGGCCUCAAGUACCAGGCAAGCAAGCAACCGCAGCAGCGCCUGCUGGAACCUUCUAGAACAACUUGUCUUAACCUCUUCCUCCUUUCUCAGCUCUUGCAGGCGCGGUGUAUCGCCGACGUGCGCGCGGACGCCGGCUCGACCACCUUCCUCGCCGGCACCCUCAGCCUCAAGGAGGAGAACGAGGUGCACCUAAUCCGGCUUUCGCCGGCGGAGAGCGAGCUGGUGUGCGAUGGCCUCUUCUACCACCCCAACGAGAUCUGGGACCUCAAAUCAUGCCCCUUCGAUCACAGGGUCUUCUCCACAGUCUACACGUCUGGUGAGGGCUACGGUGCGUCAGUUUGGAAAAUCCCAGAGGUUAAUGGGCAAUCAAACUCACCUCAACUUGAGCAGCUCUUUGAGCUUAGUGGGCAUACGGGCAAGACUAGACGGUGA